UAAUUGCAGCAAGUACUAGUUACUUGGAAUUUUAAGCUGUUUGGCCGACAAUUCUUCAUCUAGGAUUUACAUAUGUUGUACUCUACUCUGUCCAUAAUGCAGUUCUCAUUUAUAUAACUCCUUUCUGCAGAUCUCUCUUUUUUAUGAUUCCUCUCCCAAGAUUCAAAGAAAAACAUGGUACAAUCAAAGAAGUUCAGAGGUGUCAGGCAACGCCACUGGGGCUCUUGGGUCUCUGAAAUUCGAAAUCCUGUACUGAAGAGAAGGGUAUGGCUAGGCACCUUUGGGACUGCUGGAGCUGCAGCAAGCGCAUAUAAUCAAGCUGCCAUUCUAAUGAUUGGUCAAAAUGCCAAGGCCAAUUUUCCUUUACCAAAGACUACUACUCAAACUGCUGCUCAUCAACAAGGCAAAAAGAGUGAUACUGAUCAUCAUAACUACUCUCCAUUUCCUUCAAGGGCUCUUUCAGAACUUUCAACACAAAGCUUAAAAAGUGUUGCAAAAACUUGUCACCUUCACUCACCUGCCUCUGUCCAUCCUUGAUAAUCAGAAUAUAAUAUAGCUUAUAUAAAAGGUAUACGUACAUCUCUGCAUGUCCAAAGUCACCUUACCAAUUAAUCUCAAAAUUAAACUCAUAAGCAUAGUAUGCAGAAAGAUGAUUGAUGUACGAUUAUAAUAUCACUGAGCUCUGAAAUAAGUAUAUUCUUCUAUGAGAUUUAUGUGUUACCUGGUAGAGUUGACGAACCGCUAGUUUCUGAAAACAAAAAGGAAUAAUGCUUGCUACCUGUACAAAUCUAGUCAUAUAAUAAUAUAUGGUUGCAAUCAAUUAAGCAAGUCUUAAUCAGGAAAAA